AUGAGGGACACGGAGCGAAAGCUCCUUGUCGACGAGUUCAAUGACCCAAAGAGCAACCUUUCUGUCAUGAUCAUCACAUAUGACAUCGGCUCAGUGGGUCUAAACCUGCACAAAGCCUGUAAUAUGGCUGUGCCCGCUGCGCCCGGAAACAGCUGGAGCCAAGAGGCCCAGGCUUAUGGGAGAUGUCUGCGGGUCACCUCAAUGUUCAAUCUCAAGGUAGAUGGCUCGGCUGACAAGGAUUACGAGAGCAUUGAAAUAGCUCUGAACGAUACAGAUCAUGACGAGGAGAAGGAAAAGGAAGAUUCAACCUUGGAUCUUUCUGCGAACCUCGGAAAUACCAGUUCGAGAGCUACAAGGCAGAUUGAAUUGGACCACGCAGCCCUCGAAUCCAAAUUUGCUUGGGACCAAUUGUCAUCUGUUCCCAAGUACGAUGCGCAAAAUCGCCUGGAGUUGAAAUUGCUCAAAUUCCCACCCAGAAAGGUCUGGUGCUCUGCAGACCUACAUGACCCACAACACCCAGAGUGGUUUGUCGUUGGCAUAAGACUCAUGUACCAGCAGCUCCGCAGGGAUCGGAUGCUGAACCUUGCACAAUCAAUUCACAUCCGGUCCUCGGAUAUCUCAAAUGCCCAAAAAGAGCAAAUCGACAAGAUCAUACAAUGUCCGAUGGAUCUAGAUGCUUCUGCGAAGGCAACACAUGUAUUCAAAGUCUGGGAGCGUGAGGGCUUAGGACAGAAGGGGACAGAACUUGGGACUUAUGGUUGCCAAUUCCAGAUUUAUUUUUGA